AUGCCAAAACCGCCUAAAGCUAACGAGACUGGAGAAAGUAGCCUAACCUCGGGGAAUACCGCUGUACUACAAGCCAUUGACGCUCUGAAAUCGGAGUUACUUUCUAAAAUUGACGACAAAGCAGAAAUGCAGAAAAAUGAGCUGGCCAAACAAAUACGUAGUUUGAGAGACGAGGUGAAGGCGUCUAUUGAGCAGGCUAACAACAGAGUUAGCAUGCUGGAGGAGCGCAUGGCUAGCUUGGAGGAGGGGACCAACACGUGCUCUGAUGGCGUAACGGAGUUGGAGCAACAGGUGGCUGAACUAAAACAUCAAAUCUUGAGCCUGACAGAGAAAACUGAAGAUUUGGAAGCGAGAUCCAGAAGAGAUAAUUUGCGUAUUUUUGGGAUAAAGGAAGGCCGUGAAGGUGGUGCGAAAGUGAGCACGUUCAUUGCUGAACUCCUGCAACAUGUCCUGAAUCUGGCAACCCCUCCGGUGAUUGACAGGGCACACCGCUAUCCCCUGCCUUUGUAA